GCCAGUUUUCAAUACCAAGGAUUGUAUUUCCCUUUCGUCCCACGACUAUCCGGAAGACAAACGUCAACGAUUUACUUCUACACUUCAGAUCGAAAGCAAGAAAAGCUACUGCAGAAUCAUCUGAGAUCAGUCUUAUUUGACCUGACACAAAAAUGUGGCCUAAUCAAGGUGCACCUGGCCAGAACCCAGGCUUCCCACCUGCCUACAACCCUGCAUUCUCUGGGGCUCCAAACCCAGGGCAGCCCCAAGGCCAGAACCCCAUGUAUGCCCCUGGCACAAACCCUGCAUAUCCUCCCGGAAUGAACCCAGCCAUGCCCCCAGGAAUGAACCCAGCCAUGCCCCCAGGAAUGAACCCAGCCAUGCCCCCAGGAAUGAACCCAGCCAUGCCCCCAGGAACUAUGCCCUAUGGACAACACCACGGAGGGCAACACCCUUAUCCGGCUGGACCAGGAGCACCUUGUUACCCAGGAGGUGUUUACCCAGGAGGCAUGUACCCAGGCAUGGCUGGGGGGUUGGCUGGACACAAGGCGCACAAAAAAAUGAAGAAGGCGAAGAAAGGGAAAAAAGCACACAAAGCCGAUAAGCACAUGAAGCAUCAUGGGAAGCACUCUUCAAGCAGCAGCAGCAGCAGCAGUAGUGAUGAGGAAUGACUUCACCAAUGACAUCCAACACAUCCUCAGAUGGCAUUAAAAGGGGUAUAUUAUUGACCUGUUAAAGUCAUUUUAAAAUGUCCCCUUCCUCUGUUUAAAAUGCAAUGAAGUUAAAUGAAUGUGGACCAUUAUUAAGAGUGGGAAUAGUUGGGAAAUCUAUCAUAUUACACUGUAAUAAAACAUGUAUCCUUUAUACACGGUACUUUCUUAGUCUUAACAUUUGGUGAUAUCAGACCUAUGAUUGUAUGCAUUUCAUCUGAAGUAUGUGCUAUAAUGACCUCUUCCUCUACUUAAAAUGCACUGUGGUUAAAUUAUAUAUUUUUUAAUUAGCUGUAUAACAUUGUGACCAAUGUAUUUAUAAUUUAAUUAUUGAUGCCUUCGUUGUCUUAUAAUCUGAAUACCAUUAUUAGCAUGUGCCAUCAUGUAGUAAAAUGUGUAUUUUGUGCCUUGUCAAUAUUAAACCUGUCUCAGUAGUUUGGCCAACAUCUUGGCUACCUAA